CUGCCAUGGCCCGGGGCUGCGCAGAUAUGUGCUCUGGGUCUCAGUGGAGGUGGAAACUCUCUGUUUUCUUUUCCUGAAAAUCCUAGCCUGGCUGCAGAGACAACUUUCUUUCCACUCCUCUGCAAGAAGUGAUAGAGAAAAUAAGUGCCAUGUACACUUUCCUGCCUGAAAACUUCACACCGGUGAAGCAGAAGCCAUCGAAGGAGUUGAGGCCCAUGCUGGGGGCCGUCACGCUGGGCCUCAUCCUGUUCAUCGCCGCGGUGGUGGCCUGGUGCUACUACACGGUGUCCCUGCGGAAGGCAGAGCAGCUCAAGACGGAGCUGAUGGACCUGCGGGCAGAUGGCUUCGUCAUCAGGAACCAGCACGGGGAGGUGGUGUUCAGGCUGGCGUUCCGCUCGGGGAGCCUGGACCUGGAGUCGUGCUCCAAGGAGGGUGAGAUCCUGAGCUGCACGCGGUCGAACCGGGGGCCGCUCAACUUCUUCAUCCAGACGGUGAAGCCCAAGGACACGGUGAUGUGCUACCGCGUGCGCUGGGAGGAGCUGGCGGCUGGCCCGGCGGUGGAGCACACCAUGUUCUGGGAGGACGCCCACUGGUACGGGGGCUCGGAGAUGAGCACCCAGCACUGGCCCAUCCGCCUGGCGGGCUACCAGGAGCCCGUGCCCUAUGUCACCAGCGACGUCUACUCUUUCCGCGACAGCUUCGGGGGCAUCCUGGAGCGCUACUGGCUCUCCUCCAAGGCGGCGGCCAUCAAGAUCAACGACUCGGUGCCCUUCCACCUGGGCUUCAACGCCACCGAGCGCUCCCUCUUCUUCCAGGCCCGCUACAAGGACUCUCCCUACAAGCCCCCGCCGGGGCAGCAGCCCUUCCCUGAGCUGAGCUACCGGGUGUGCGUGGGCUCCGACGUCACCUCCAUCCACAAGUACAUGGUGCGCAGGUACUUCAACAAGCCCUCCAAGAUCCCUGCUGAGAACGCCUUCCGAUACCCUAUCUGGUCCACAUGGGCCCUCUACAAAAACGAUAUUGAUCAGGAUAAAGUUCUACAUUUUGCAAGAAACAUUAAGAAAUACCGUUUCAACUGCAGCCACAUUGAAAUUGAUGACAUGUACACACAGGCCUAUGGGGACUUUGACUUUGACCCUGUCAAGUUCCCCAAUGUAACUGAGAUGUUUGCAAAACUGAGGGAAGAUGGGUUUAAGGUCACUCUGUGGACCCACCCUUUCAUAAACUAUAAUUCCUCAAAUUUUGGUGUGGGGAUUGAGCGUCAGCUCUUCAUCAAAGAGCCCUCGGGGCGGCUGCCAGCCAUGGUGGAGUGGUGGAAUGGCAUUGGGGCCAUCCUGGACUUUACCAACCCAGCAGCCCGGGACUGGUUCCAGAGUCACCUGCGCCAGCUCCGUCACAAGUACGGUAUCUCCUCCUUCAAAUUUGAUGCAGGUGAGACCAGCUACCUGCCCAAGCAGUUCAGCACCUUCCGGCCUCUCUCCGACCCCAGCAUCUGGUCCCGGCGCUACACCGAGAUGGCCAUCCCCUUCUACGAGCUGGCUGAGGUACGGGUGGGCUACCAGUCACAAAACAUCUCCUGCUUCUUCCGCAUCAUUGACCGCGACUCUGUGUGGGGCUACGAGCUUGGCCUCAAGUCUCUCAUUCCUACAGUGCUCACCAUCAGCAUGCUGGGCUAUCCAUUUGUAUUGCCAGACAUGAUUGGAGGAAACUUCCUCCCCAACAAGACGGACGGAGCAGUUGAGAUCCCGGACCGGGAGCUGUACAUCCGAUGGCUGGAGCUGUCAGCCUUCAUGCCCUCCAUGCAGUUCUCCAUCCCACCGUGGCUCUACGACAAGGAAGUGGUGGAGAUCGCGCAGAAGUUCACGGAGCUCCACGAGUCGCUGGUGGCCCCGCUGCUGCUGGAGCUGGCCGGGGAGGUGACCGACACGGGAGACCCCAUCAUCCGGCCCAUCUGGUGGAUCUCGCCCCGCGACGAGGCCACGCACCGCAUCGACUCGCAGUUCCUCAUUGGGGACACCCUCAUGGUGGCUCCCGUGCUGGAGAUGGGCAAGCAGGAGCGCGACGUCUACCUGCCAGCGGGCAAAUGGCGCAGCUACAAGGGGGAACUCUUUGAGAAGACACCAGUGCUGCUCACGGACUAUCCCGUCGACCUGGACGAGGUCGCCUAUUUCCUCUGGGUUUCCUAACCUGCUCCUGCAUCUGCUUUAGGAAAACCAUGCCUUAUGCUACAACUUUUUAACAAAUAAUAAUUCUAAUUGCACAUUUCAUUUGGGACUGGGAUUGUGGAAGUGUAUUAAAUAGACUUCGUUCUCCUUGGGGAUUUUUUGUUGUUGUUUUUUGAGGAAGGUAGUCUAUCUAUUUUUUUAUUUGGUGCAGGUGGGAGGCAGCAGUUGGGUUGUAAUAGGCAGAAUUUUCUCUUUAGUUGUGAAGACUGAGUUGUCAUGCAGUCAAACCUAAUAUCUUUUUGGUUCCCUAGGAUUUUUGGAGGUGAGAUUUGGUUAGUGCCUUGUGGGAGCAUUUCUUGUCCCAUGGGAGCAUUCAGCACUCGCUUGGGGGUGUGUGAUGUGGGAGGGUUGCUACAGCACAGCCUGCCUUAAGUUUUCUAAUAUGGCAAGUAUAUUUAAAAAGACUUUUUUAAGAGCAGCCAACAAACUAGAUUAUAUAGAGAUAUAUACACAGAUUUAUUUCCCCCCCCAGAUGAGCUUUCAGAUUUGUUGCUGGCAGAGGGACUGCUUGAAGCCAAUCUCUAAGGGUCUGUGUGCCGCUUCCUAGGGAACAGCAGGUUCUUGCAACGGCACAAGUCACGGAUGUAAUGUUUGCUGCUAGCCAGCUUGCUGGUGGGUGAAAAGCACCAGCUUUUGCAUUGAUGGUUUUGUGCCAGUGGGUGUUCUUGCUUCACCCAAGAAAAUGUUCUCAUGUAGCAUGAAAUUAAACUAAUAUCUAUCUCCGUUUUGGGUUGGAAUUAGAGAAAUGAUGAUGUUCUGUAGAGCUUUUCUGAAGCAGCCCUUCUCUUCUUCAUGAUGCAGGGGACUUCUUCUGCUUUUGGGCUUGUUGUCGGAGGUUUCUGGAGUGGACGUGGGGUGACGUGUUCCUGUGCCCGCAGUCCCCAGCACUAGGAUGGGUGAGACUUCGACUCAUGUCCCUCCCAUUGCCUGUGUGGGGAUUUUCUCAGCAUUUCUCCCUCCUCCUUUUUCAGGAUGCUUUUCCAGCUUUCCCAUUUGGUUUUGAUCAGGAAGAUGCACUUACAGAGACACAGGCAACCUCCACUCUAAGCAACCACAAACAGGGUUGCAGUCUGCCAGCCCUGUUCCCUGGGGCAGGACUUUCCCAGCUGUGCCCUGGCUGCUGGCAUCUCUCAGCCCAUUCAUUUUUAACAUGCCUGCUCGGAACUGAGCCACAUUGUCUGGGAAGGCAAGGGGCAAGAGCACAGCAGCUGCAGAUCUUCUUAUGGGAUUGCAUCCAGAAGUGAAUCCACUACCCAGGGAGAUGAAGCAGCUUUUUGGGUAGAGUUGGAUACCAGUGAUGGUCAUUCUCUAAGGCCAACUGUGUCUGGGUUUGCAGGAGGCAGAAAAGGAGAUGCACCUAUAGGUUGUGAUAGUGUCCACAAGUGGAAACUCAGGUGUUUGGGGCAAUAUCUAAAGUGUUUUUAUAGUUAGGAAGGAAGUGAGAAUGUUCAGUGUGAUGGAUGCUGUCCUUGGAGAUCUUCAGAAGCUGUCUGGAUAUGGUCCUGGGCAACCUGCUCGAGGUGACCCCUCCAUGAGGCCUCCAGAGGUCCCUUCCAACCUCAGCCAUUUUGUGAUUCUAUGCCUCUUUGGAAACAACCUGAUGUCUAAUUGGAUCUGCUCUGUAUAAUUUUGUGUUUUAGCCUCAAAAUCAGUCUCGAGGGAGUCCUCAGGUCCAGCAGGAGCACAGGCAGGUUCCAAGCUCAGCCUCUAAGCCUGUUUCUUGUAGCUUUUAGCUGUGGAGGGCUCAGGUUUUCUCUCUGGCCCCAGUACAAGUAACAGUGGCUUUCCAGGCUACAAACACACUCUGACAAGGUUUAGCCUUCCUAGAAGAAUCCCUUUACUGUGAAAAUGAUGGCAGGAACUGCAUGAGUGCCUUGGUCCCCUCUUAGAAGUCAGUAAAAUCUAUUCUACUUUGCGUGGGAGCAGAUGGGGAGAUCUCAUGUCCACUGCUUCCAUCCCUCAGCUCAGGUGAAUCAGGUGCCAGCUGCAGAUGGAGGCAGAGGCUGGUGCUGCAGCUGGACUUCAUGGAUUGUGGUGGCAGACUGGCUGUCAGACUGGAUUGUCGUGAGUUAGCCACACGACACAGAGUUCUCUUGCCAGGAAGAUUUCUUUAUUGCCAUAUAAUGAUCAUGGUCGUGAUGUAUGUCUCUAUUUCUACUUUCUAAAGCAAGCCUUUUAUAUUCUAACACGUGUACUCAAUACAUUUCCACUAACAAUCCAGUGGCUAGAAAGCAAGCAAAUUCCAUAACAAGUCUUCAUAGUCAGCAGAAAGUUUAUCUUAUGGCUAGGUACAAAACACCCCUCGACCCUCUAUCUCCUUUUCACAGCCUCAUUAUCAACAAAUCGAGACUCGACGAGGCCAAGCUGACCUCUCCAUCUGCCACAUGGGAUCUUAAAGUCCUCUGUGGCUGCACUCCAGCAGCUUUGUGCCAGAAAAGUACCAAAAUUCAAUAGGGCUCUGUCAGGAGGGAAAAUCUCCAUUAGACACACCGUCUUCCUUCCCCUUCCCUCAAAAGAAAGAGUUUUAUUGUCAAAGGUGUUUAUUAACUAGUUGUGAAUGAGUAAGAUUAUAGAGUAACUUUAUUUUUCUAAAUGCUGUGGUUAGGACAGAUGUGGUCAUGGCCAUUCAGUGCUCCAGCUAGUAGGAGGGGGAAGCUGGGAGGAGAGCAGGGAUGAAGCCCUGGAGUAAGGGCUCAUCUGACUGUCAUUCCCUGGAUCCAUGGCACCAAGCCUUUUUGGGGACAGGCUCAGCAAUGCUCCCUCAAGCUAUCUCAUAAGCUCCUGGAUGCUGUCUCCAUCAAACUUUUUACCAAAACCACUAACACUAUGCUGCAACCCAGGUCGAGCAUCCCUAAGACUUUGCAGAUCACAAGCUUUCUGUGCAUGGACAUUUUGGGAACCAAUACCCAGGGAGGUUUCUCUGGGCUACACACUGGGUCACUGUCCAAAACCAGGUUAACUCAGCCAAGGAAAAGCCUCAAAACAGGUGAUGGGGAUUGGUUCAGUCAGCACUAGCAGGUGGUGAUGAGCAGCAGGUCAGCAUGAUGCCCAUGGGAUUGGGUUUUGAAGCUUAUUUUCUCAUGUGUCAGCUUUAGUGGGUGGUUGGAUUUCACAUGCUUUCCUGAGUUGGACUGCAGUGCUGGUGGGAUCAUUUUUAACCACUUUUCUUAUUCUAAUUGUUAUGAAAACAGAGCUGUAACUUGAAUUGUCUUGAUUGAUAAAAAACUUUGGAAAACAAAACGA